GCACUUGACUUAUUUUGAUAGAUACCAAUACUGACGACUGCUUCAGAGACCAUGGCUUCAUCCAAUGACUCACAGCACACUCUCCCGGGACAGGAGGAAGACUUGAUCGUCGAGGCCGUCCACGAGAGGUAUGGGGACCCUUCUACGUCCAGGUUUCGUCGCGUGGCGUCCAAGACGUUGGUCUCUUUUGGUCCAGAUGAUCCAGAAAACCCAGUGAAUUGGAGUCAGAAAAAGAAAUUCUAUAUCCUGAUGGCUGGAAUGCUGCAAGUCAUGAACAGUACCAUCGGAUCAUCUCUACCCAGCGGCGCCAGUUCCUUUAUCGCCAAAUACUUUUAUAUAACCAACCAAGAACAGCUGGUUCUACCCAUCUCAAUGUACCUCAUCGGUUACGUUCUUGGCCCGUUGUUCUGGGGUCCAAUGUCGGAGGCUUAUGGCCGGAAAAAGCCCAUGCUCACGUCUUUCACACUGUAUACCAUAUUUAUGAUGGCAUCUGCCGUGGCGCCAACGUUUCCCGCCCUUCUCGUUUUCCGGUUGUUGGCUGGUAUUAUGGCGUCCGCUCCUAAUGCCAUCACAGCAGGUCUUUUUGCUGAUAUCCACAAUGACCCGACCAAGCGCGGUCGUACCAUGGCGAUAUUCAUGGCCUGUACAACGCUGGGGCCAAUCAUGGGGCCGUGGGUUUCAGGCUUUGUCUCCGUCGUCAGCUGGCGAUGGAGCUUCUGGAUCGGAUUAUUCUUUGCCUGUGCCACACUUCCAUUGAUCGUAUUUUUGCCCGAGACCUACGGACCAACUAUUCUUCAACGGAGAGCGAAGCUGUUACGCAAGGAGACCGGAAAUCAAAGCAUAGUUUCACCGUUGGACCUGCAGAACCGUAACCUGAAGGAGACCCUUUGGAUCACACUGACACGACCGGUACGAAUGAUCAUUCACGAAUCAAUUGUCUCAUUUUCUUGUCUCUAUAUUUCGUUGGCCUAUGCCAUCUUCUAUCUUUAUUUCGAGGCAUAUCCGAUUAUCUUUCAGGGCAUUUACGGCAUGAGCGCUGGAGUUUCUGGGUUGUGCUUUUUGCCGAUUGGCGUUGGAGCAUUUAUCGCGUGCGGUAUCUUUCUAUGGUAUGACUCCUUUCUUGCAAAGGCGAAGGCUAGGGGUGCCAGAUGGUCCCAAAUCGAGGAAUACCGUCGUCUGCCACUGGCUUGUUUGGGAGGGCCAUCGUAUGUCGUCUCCCUUCUCUGGGUUGGUUGGACGGCUUAUCCAGACGUCCACUGGGCGGCUCCUAUGCUGUCUGGUAUCCUGUUCGGCAUUGGGUACAUGUUGAUCUUCAUGGCUACCUUGAAUUAUCUCUCCGAUGCCUAUGAGACCUUUGCUGCCAGUGCCCAAUCCGCAGGUAGUUGCUCGCGGAGCAUCUUCGGGGCCCUCUUGCCGCUAGCUGCAAAGCCGAUGUUCAACCGUCUCGGGGUCCAUUGGGCAUGUAGCUUGCUUGCAUUCCUGAGUCUGGGUUUGUCCAUCAUCCCGUUUGUCUUCAUUCGCUACGGUGACAAGAUCAGGAAAAACAGCAAGUUCUGCCAGGAGCUGUUGCGGUUGAAGGAGGCUGAAGCACGAGAGAAGCGGCGCGACAUGUCGGAUGAGACCUGUGCUUCUGCAGUGGAUUCUCUACCUCCGAAGGAGGUUGCGGUAUCUUCUACUCCUGUCUCCCAACCUAUUGACCGAGACAUUGAAAAGCAGCUCGAUGCUUAGCUGAACCACAACAGGCUCGUUCUUUCCCAUGUCGGCGGAGUGAUCGCAGACCCUGAGUCUGCGACAGAGGCUGUGGGAUUCAGCAGGGAUCUUUUUAUACAGCCUACGCUAUUUGCCAUAUCUUUUCCAGUUCUCCCCGUCCAUUCCUCUGAGAUAAGAGCUAAUCUCUGGACGAAGUUGACUGAGGCACAGUGCCACGAGGUUAUGACCCAUGGUUUUGCAUAUAUGGCUACUUGGCCAAUCAGACAAAAAGUGAUUUUCGCAGAAGCGAGGGUAACGGCGCAAGGAUUGAUGGAUUGUUUUCGGCGUCUUAGAUUAAUCGUAAUCAAUAAUUAGGUAGUAGUCUAGUUAUAGGUAGAGUUGCUUGAGAAUUAUCGAGAAAGAGACGUUGAUCUUCU